CCUUCCUCGCUUGCCUUCUCCGGACUGGCGCUCCCCUCCCUCUCCGCUCUAAGGAUGCCUGCGGAAUGAUUGUCCCUCGGGCGGCUGCUGCUGCUGCUGCUGCCAUUCGGCUCUGGCGGGCUGGCAGAAAGUGCAACUGACUAGCCUGGGCUCUGCAGCAAGAGCGGAGUGAAUGAAUGAAGAGUGAAAAAACAGGCGCACACCUUGGAUCAGAAUGCAGGCGCCCUCCAACAUCCUCAACCUGCUGCUGCUGGCUUUGCUCGCUGGGCUCGACCCAUCCAAGACUCAAAUUAGCCCCAAAGAAGGAUGGCAAGUGUAUAGUUCAGCCCAAGACCCAGAUGGCCGAUGCAUUUGUACUGUAGUUGCACCAGAACAAAAUUUAUGUUCCAGAGAUGCCAAAAGCAGGCAACUUAGACAACUGCUAGAGAAGGUUCAGAAUAUGUCCCAAUCUAUUGAAGUUUUAAACCUACGGACUCAGAGGGAUUUCCAGUAUGUUUUAAAAAUGGAAACACAAAUGAAAGGGCUGAAGGCUAAGUUUCGGCAAAUUGAAGAUGAUCGGAAGACAUUAAUGACAAAGCAUUUUCAAGAUUUGAAGGAAAAGAUGGAUGAGCUGUUGCCAUUGAUCCCAGUUCUGGAACAGUACAAAACUGAUGCCAAGUUAAUCACCCAGUUCAAGGAAGAAAUUAGGAAUCUGUCAGCAGUUCUCACUGGGAUUCAGGAAGAAAUUGGUGCCUAUGACUAUGAGGAACUACACCAGAGGGUGCUCAGUUUAGAUACCAGACUUCGAGACUGCAUGAAAAAACUCACAUGUGGCAAAUUGAUGAAAAUUACAGGCCCCGUUACAGUCAAGACCUCUGGAACCCGAUUUGGAGCCUGGAUGACAGAUCCUUUAGCAUCAAAAAAGAAUAAUCGAGUCUGGUACAUGGACAGUUAUACUAACAAUAAAAUUGUCCGUGAAUACAAAUCAAUCACAGACUUUGUCAGUGGGGCUGAAUCAAGAACAUACAAUCUUCCGUUCAAAUGGGCAGGAACCAAUCAUGUUGUCUACAAUGGCUCCCUCUAUUUCAACAAGUAUCAGAGUAACAUAAUCAUCAAAUACAGCUUUGACACAGGACGGGUGCUUGCACAGCGUAGCCUGGAGUAUGCUGGCUUUCACAAUGUGUAUCCCUACACUUGGGGUGGCUUCUCAGAUAUUGACCUGAUGGCAGAUGAAAUUGGGCUGUGGGCCAUAUAUGCUACCAACCAGAAUGCAGGCAACAUUGUUAUCAGCCAGCUAAACCAGGAUACGUUAGAAGUGAUGAAGAGCUGGAGUACAGGCUAUCCAAAGAGAAGUGCAGGGGAAUCCUUCAUGAUCUGUGGAACUUUGUAUGUUACCAACUCACAUUUAACAGGAGCCAAGGUCUACUAUUCUUAUUCCACGAAAACCUCCACUUAUGAGUAUACAGACAUUCCUUUCCAUAAUCAGUACUUUCAUAUAUCCAUGCUUGACUACAAUGCAAGAGAUAGAGCUCUCUAUGCCUGGAACAAUGGACAUCAGGUCCUGUUCAAUGUCACCCUUUUCCACAUUAUUAAGACUGAAGAUGACACAUAAACUUGUCUCUCACCUCCACUCCCUGCACACGCACACUUCAAAAGUGUCAUUUGUGAUAAACUCUAAAACAUCCUUUUGGAUUUCUUUUCAUUUAAGUUCUUUUUCAUUAAAAAAUGAAAGCAUUUUCUACUGUGCAAUGUGUUCCAAAUAUGGCUGAGCCUGUCAAAAAUGACCUGUUGGAAAUACGAGCAUCCUAACUCUUGAAAAAACAAGGCCUCCCAUGACCUUGUCAUGAAACGCACUAAAGAGGGUUUAAGUGGCUAAAGAUGGUUUUAAAAAGAUUAUGAUCUGCCUUAUAUUAGAGUCAGAGACUAAUGGUGGCUUAAAUGCAUGAAUGUCUUUUUUCACCUUAUGUCUUUUUUAAUCUGUCUAUUGCUCAACAUCAGGAAAUAUUUUGGUAGCAAUCUGAAGCAUAAUGCACAUUAUUCUUAUUUAUUCCAAGAGAAAGAUUUUAGGGAUUUGAUUUACUUUGAAAAAAUGUAUAUGAUUCAUUUUGCCAUCACACCAUUUCUGAUGCGGUGCUGUACAGUAUGUUUUGAACUCACUUGCAGUUUAUCGACUAUAUGUAUUUCUACCAUUGUAACCACCAUUGUGCAAUUGUAUCUCUUCACUUCCGUGAAAGUAAACUAAGUACUAUUUUUUAUAAAAUAUAUUGAAGUUUAGUCACAGUUCUAAACAGGGGUCAAUUUAAAAUGUUAUCAAACACAUGACAGUGGGUCCCCAACUUUUGGCUGGUAGAUGCACACAUGCUAGCAAAUAAGCACUAUCAGCCUGUAUCCUCAUAUGCCAGUCUCUGUUCCCACUAUCAAUUGUCUUGCUCAUUUUCUCUCUCCUGCCAUUUUCUACCUUUUCUUCCUCCCAACCAUUUUCUUUCUGAUGUAUUUUUCACUCUCUAAUUUUGGGUGUUAUUUUCCUCUCAUGUUCUGUAGCUCUCCCUAUCUGUAGCAGAAAGCUACAUACUGCUUUCUGUAACCUGUCUGUGGGUUCCUCCUUUGGGGGCAGGCUCUCAAGGCUUACAUGAAUACUGCAGGAUAAGAGGAGACUUACUUAGGACUGUAGGUGGGCUGCUGCCUCAGCCUGCACUCCUAUAUGUGCGAGCUGCUCAUCUGGGUGGCUGUAAUAGAGGCCACUGUAGAAGGGAGGUGGCUUUCCUGGAUCUGCCAGCUUCAUUACCUACAUUAACAGGAGCACAUUUCCACUGGGGGAAGGCUUGUCUGGGCAUAUAGCAGCUCAAAAAAAGCAGCAGCAAAGUGGUCAGGCAUGACAUCUGGUAUCCAUCAUGAUAGUUUCCCUGAAAAUGCCAACUAUAACAUUAAGCAUGAACUCUCCUGUUACUGAGAGGUACAUACAUUAGUAGAUGCUGUCCUGGUCUAUUGAUUUAAAUGGGAAAUAUAUUGCAUGGCUAAACAAACUGCAACAGAUAUUUAGCAAAAAUUUUAGCUAUUGACUGAAAUAGUAUUGCUGCCUCUGAUCAAAAACUAAUUCUCUUGAAAGGAAGUUUUUUGUGAAAUCUGUGAUUUUUACUAAUAUUACCAGUUUCAAAAUUUUGAGGGUGGGAUGAGGUUGUUUGUAGAGGAUUUAUUUACUUAUUUUUGCAACUGACAUGGUAUAAAAGAAAAAAAUGCUAUAUAACAUGAAGAAUGAUACAGAAUUAUUUUACGUUACCAUGACGCAUAUCACAGAUUAUGAAAGCCACAAGUCUGCAGUACAGAACACAAAGGCUCUGUUCCCCAAAAAUGUGUUUAGAAUAAACACCUUUUUCAAAUCCUUUUAACCAGAAAAUGGAAAAUGAUGAAGUG